GCGGAAAUCUCUCAAGCGGUGCCUCGCGCAGCUUCUAAACUUGUUGCACAACAACAACAGCUGCUGUUCACGAUCCUUACAUUUCAACAAGCACGUUAUGGAAAAAUAUGUUUUUGCAUUUCAUCGUCGCCGUCGAACAGUGGAUAUAUCAGAGAUGGACCAUGUUCAGUCGUAUCAUAUAAGCGAUUGAUGCUCAAACAAUUUCAUCAGAAGAGCCAGUGGAAACGAAACAAAUUGGAUAUUAAUACACAUUCUUACAUAACAUACUCCCAACUUCCAGACCAAAACACAUUUUUCCGAUUCCCCAUCAUGUCUUGUUGACAUAUGGACAACCUCUUCAGAGAGUUUGACCUGAUGCCUCUUUUCACAUCGUUUCAACCAUAAAUGUUUCGUUUUCAUGUGCCCAUGAAGGCGUUGUUUCAGCGUAGGCUUCUGAAGUUGAGGCUCUGUAGAGUCCUGCUGUCUGUAUUUAGGUAGUCGUUGUUUGGAUUCCCACGUCCCGUCCCAGCCAGCAACAUCUCGGCCGAGAUGGAGUCCUACCUCUUCCCGUUCGACAGCCUGAUCUGUAUGCUCCUGGGCAUCUCCUUCACGGUGUGGUGUACUCUACUGUUGGUCUUCAUCAUCGUACCCGCCAUCCUGGGGGUUUCCUUCGGCAUCCGCAGACUGUACAUGAAGUCACUCCUGAAGCUUUUUGAGUGGGCCACCUUAAGGAUGGAGAGAGGAGCGAAAGAGAAGAACCAGCAUCUCUACAAACCCAACAGCAAUGGCAUCAUCGCUAAAGAGCCGGCGUCCCUCGAACAGGAGAUCCAGGAAUUGAGACGCAGCGGUGGAGGCUCGGAGCCCGAGUUUGACAUGUCUGACAUCUUCUAUUUUUGCCGAAAAGGCGUGGAGAGCAUCGUGGACGAUGAAGUGACCAAACGCUUUUCAGCGGAGGAGCUGGAGUCCUGGAACCUGCUGACCCGCAGCAACUACAACUCGCAGCACAUCAGCACCAGACUCACGGUGCUCUGGGGGGCGGGAGUGCUCAUUCGCUACGGGUUUCUACUGCCACUCAGGGUCACGCUUGCUUUCACCGGCGUCGGUCUUCUUGUGGUUCUGACAUCAAUCAUUGGCCUGUUACCAAACGGAAGGACGAAGAAUUAUCUCAGCGAAAAGGUUCAUCUGAUGUGUUACCGCAUAUGUGUUCGAGCCCUCACCGCCAUCAUCACCUACCACGACAGUGAGAAUAAACCUAAAAAUGGAGGAAUCUGUGUGGCCAAUCACACGUCUCCCAUCGACGUCAUCAUUCUGGCCAGCGACGGAUGCUAUGCUAUGGUGGGUCAGGUCCAUGGUGGUCUGAUGGGGGUCAUUCAGAAGGCAAUGGUGAAGGCAUGUCCUCACAUUUGGUUCGAGAGGUCUGAAGUCAAGGACCGACACCUAGUGGCCAAACGGUUGAGUGACCACGUUGCUGACGAAAGCAAGCUCCCCAUCCUCAUAUUCCCAGAGGGAACCUGCAUUAACAACACCUCAGUCAUGAUGUUUAAAAAGGGAAGCUUUGAGAUCGGCUGUACAGUUUACCCCGUGGCUAUAAAGUAUGACCCUCGUUUUGGUGAUGCGUUCUGGAACAGCAGUACGUUUGGCAUGGUAAACUACCUUCUUCAUAUGAUGAGCAGCUGGGCCAUCGUGUGCAGCGUCUGGUACCUUCCACCCAUGAGCCGCAUGGAAGGUGAGGACGCUGUGCAGUUUGCCAACAGGGUGAAAGCCGCUAUUGCUAGAAAGGGAGGCCUGGCAGACUUGUUAUGGGAUGGAGGUCUGAAACGAGGAAAAGUCAAAGAAGUUUUCAAAGAGGAGCAGCAGAAACUUUACAGCAAGGUUUUAGUGGGCAGCGGCGAAGAUCGCAGCCGCUCCUGAGGGGACCCAUCCGCCCGCCUGACUUUAAACACGGCGAGAGCCUGAAACCUCUGCAGUACGGCCCUAGACUGGCUCCUUCCUGAACCCGCUGGAACAGAACUGUAGAACCAUGAGCUGGUGGGACAAGCGUGUUGCCAGAUCCUCGGCUCACCACUGCGCCUCAGGAGCUUUUUGCAUUAUUGCACGAUCAUCUCAGUGGCGUUUAAAUCUCGGACUGAUUUCAGUUUGGAGUGAGAGUUACACACGAGGUUCUAGAGAAUAUUCCCUUUUGGUUUUCUUUCUCGUCUGUGACCGUUUGGAAUAUUUGUGCUCUGUUACUGUAAAGCAUGAUGUCUCAGGAGAAGAGAAAGAGUUUGAAGUGAUAUAUUUAAGCUUGUAAAAAAAUGAAAGAGGGGAGGAGUGGAUUUUUAGUGUUGGUAGUCAGAAGAAUCAUCUGUUAAGUGUUUAGCUUCUCAGCGUUCAUCUCCUCCCAUUUUUGAAUAAACCAUCAUUGUUCUUUUAAAUUUUGUUUAUGUCAAUGCUGACCUUUGGAUUUAUGGCCAGUCUUUUCUGUUAUUAAUCUCUGUGUUACUGGAGUCUAAUGGUCAAAAGACUGGAUUAUUACAUGGAAUCUCAGAACAAAAUCAGGACAACCAGAUAUCACCUGUCUUCUUACUCGUGGUAAAUUAAAAAGAAAAUCCACAA